AUGUAUAUUGGUCUUUUUCCAGUCCAAUGUUCCGUCGAGCAGACACAACCACGUGCAUGUACUAGCAGUUUAGUUAUCCGUCUUUACACAUCGAGAUUCCAGUGUUUCAUUGAAACACACAACAGCAGUAAUCAUGGUGAAGUUAGCAAAGGCAGCAAAUCAAGCUCAAAAGAAAAAAGCCCCCCCACCUAAACGGGUAGAGGAAGAAGAGGACUCUAGCGAGGAGGACAGCGAAGAGGAAGAGGCUCCUCCAGCUAAGGUUACAAAGAAAGCACCUCCAGCAAAAACUUCAAAAGCUGUCAAGAAUGGUGUGACUGCUAAGAAGGCUGAAAGUGAUGAAGACGACGAUUCAGAAGAGUCAUCCGAGGAAGAGGCGCCACCACCAAAAAAGGCGCCUGCAAAAACUGCACCCGCAAAGGCAAAAACGACAGCUAAGGCAGCYGCAGCCAAAGCCGAGGAGUCAGAUGAUGAUGAAGACGAUGACGAUGAGUCUGAAGAAGAGGCGCCACCUCCCAAGAAAGCAGCCAAGGCAGCUGCAAAGCCUGCCAAGGGUCCUGCCAAGCCUGCAGUGAAGACUAAACCUGCAAAGGAGUCUUCUGAUGAAGAGGAUUCUGAGGAGGAGGCUCCGCCCCCUAAAAAGGGUGCUCCUGCUAAGCCUGCAGCAAAGGCACCAAUCAAGGCUGCUGCUAAAGAGUCCUCUGAUGAUGAUGAGGAAGAUGACGACUCAGAAGAAGAGGCCCCACCACCCAAGAAGACCCAAGCAGCCAAGCAAUCAGCAAAACCAGCAGCUAAAGGACAGCCCGCUSAAGAGUCAUCUGAGGAAGAUGACGAGGAAGAUGACUCUGAGGAAGAGAUGGAUACCACUCCAGCUCCUGCAGCCACAAAGGCAAAGAAAGCUGGCAUGGUCAAAGCAAAGGAGGAGUCAGAAGAGGAGGGCCCCUUUAUGGUCCAUGGAAAGCCCCUCAUGGGGCCCAUUUUUAUGUGGUACCACACAGAAGUUAAAGAUGGGACCCAAACUUACUGCCCAUUGCAACACAAAGCGGCGGUGUACCUGAGCGGUCAGCGGGGACUCCGUUCAGCUCAGCCCGGCCUCCAUCGUCCUCCGGCGGUCAAUGUGGGGGCGGAUGAGUCGGUGUUUCACUGCAGGCUGGAGGAAUCCAGCGGGUCCAGUUCACCAGAACCAGAACCAGUUCGUUCCCAGUUAGCGGCGUCAGCCAUCCCAGGACGACAUGUCGGGAACCAAAGAAAAGCGGAGCAGCAAUGA